GCAGAAUGGUUAAAAGACCAUAUACUGUUUCUGCAUAAGAGUGUCUUUGUCGAGCCCGUUAGUGGAAUAUAGUAAAAUGCAUGUUACAGAGACAGCCUGGUCUCUCAACUGUGAGAGAGAUCUUAUGAAAAGUUGCUACAUCCUCCGACACUAGAACGCACUGGAGCUUGCCGUUCCACUGAUUUUUCACGAAAUUGGAGCCUGUUUUAAAAAUUACAAUAAUUGAACCGUACGAAAAUAAACAGUGAUUCGAGAUAUAAUUCAUGACUCAUGCAAAUCGAGACGCUCCGCGAUUAUGUGAGACGUGAUUCGUAUGAUAAUCGAAGAGGUGUUAAAUGGAAACCACCUGCUCAUAUUGGACGACCUUGCAGCCAGCAACUCGGAGUAGCUCGUUACGAGCCUCAACCUGUGUGUGGCGGGCGAUAAAGAGAGAGCUACGAGUAGCUGCAAAGGGGUCGAGCAACCUUCUUCACUACGACUUAUUCCAAUACAUUCAGACAUGAGUUCUCCGCUCACGGAUCAAGUCAUUCCGUGGAUCGCUGCUCCGAAAAGAAGGAUCUGCUGCAGUCCAGUGAGUGAGAGGUUAUCUUCAUCAGAAGUCUUAAUCUCCAUGACAAUUGUCGCAAUACAGAGGUAAAAACGGUUGGUGCCCAACACCGCAGUACGGUCUUAGUUGCUGCCCGAGAAUGCUGAAGAAUAGCCAGAAGCUCUGCACAGUUGUCAGGAAACUCUCCUCUUCUGUGAGGGGCUAUUACGCCAAAAUGCAGGUCGCCCCGUUGCAAGAAGCCGCCCUGGAGGAACAGUGUAUACUCGUAGAUGAGAACGACAGGAUUCUUGGCGAAGCCUCUAAAAGGUAUUGCCACAGAGUCGGCGAAGCCGGAAAUAUACCUCUUCACAGAGCAUUCAGCGUCUUCAUGUUCAAUCGCAAGGGAGAUCUGCUGCUCCAGAAACGAUCUCUUAACAAGGUGACCUUCCCAGGGCACUACACAAACACCUGCUGCAGCCACCCUCUGGCGAAGAUCCCCGGAGAGAUCGAGGAGGAAGAGGCACUGGGUGUCCGGAGAGCAGCCCAACGCAGAUUGGGCUAUGAGCUUGGAAUUCCUCCUGAACAGGUCCCGGUGGAGGACUUCUUCUACCUGACCCGAAUCCAUUACCAGGCCCCGGGUGACGGCUACUGGGGGGAGCACGAGAUAGACUACAUUCUCUUCCUAAGAAAGGACGAGGUCACCGUGGAUCCGAACCCCGACGAGGUCAGCGAAAUCCGGUGGGUCUCCAGAGCGAGUCUCAGCGACUUCGUCAAGAUCAACUCCCCUCUGAGCCCGUGGUUCCAGCUCGUCCUUAACCACAAGCUCCUCACCUGGUGGGACAACCUCGACGACCUCUACAAGUUUCGAGACCACGAGACAAUACAACGCUUCGUGCAAUGAACAGUAAUCAGACCCCUUCGCCGUCGAGGCGGCCACUCUUGCGAGUAUUCUUCGCGAGGGGGCCCUACCUUCCUUAUCUAGGAGUAGCCUGUAUCGAAUACGUGUGCAAUUUGAUGCAGGUGUAUUUAUAAAACCUGAUAACUACAAUAUGACACGUGGUCCACCGAUCGCCUUGCGAUCGCGACCGGUGGAUCACUCUCAAACACGCGUUUCGUCGCCAUUACGUCUCGGCCCUUGAUCGUCAGCACUUUGUCCAAAGUCGAUGAAGUCCGCAGGUGACUUCACACGAAGAACAGACCUUACCGUGUAAGGUAUGAAGGUGGAUAUACACGUAACGAUAAAUCGUGGCGAUAUUUCAAUCUGUGCGUUUAAGUCGAGUUCUCAUGCAGCGUCUAUAACUGGUCAAAUUUGUAUAGAAUGACCUCCGCGAACUUAACCCUGUGGCCUAUAACCACGAGUCUGACUCGUGGCAAAGUCACGCAAUUGGCAUAUAUCGUAUAGGCCAAGGGGUUAAGGUAAUGUGAAAAUGGCAUUCGAAGGGUCAAUCGCUCAUGAAACAUUUCUCCGAACUAGGUGUAUUCAAUUCAAACUUUGCACUGUUAAUAUGGAGGCUAUAAAGCAUGCCCAGACACAUAUGAAAUUUCAUUUCUUACAAAUAAUUGUAAUAAUGUCCAUAAAAUUUAAACAAAAAUCUUAUUUCAUGGGUAACAGGACCUUGUAGCCUCCAUAUUCACAUUGUGAAGUUUGAAACGAUUCCGUACACCCAGGUCCGUGAAAAGUUUCACCCACGCGAACUCUGACGCCACUUUCAUGUCACCUUAACGCGACAGUUUGUCGUUACAUGUGAGGCCACCUUAAGAUCGACCACUCUUCGGUUGAAGUUAAGUAUUUCUACGUGUAACGCAAGCAACCUUGUAUCACGAUCUGUCACCGAAUAAAGCGUUCUUCUCCUUCAAGAA